GCUACAGGUCUGGCUCAUUGUCAUUUUUACCAAGGGUCUCAAACGUGCAAUGCUGCCGGUGCCCCUUAUGCUGGUGUUUCCUUUGUCACUCGGUGGCCGGCUCAACCGGUGUUGGUCCCUGAGUGGCCUCUCUCCUCUUCGUGUUUACCGCCCUCGGGCCAGACCCCUCCUUUUGAUAGGGGUUUAUCUGCAAUCCGGUGAUGCUUUCGCCGCCGCUUCCCUUCUGGAUUCCGUGCUGCCUUGGGCCGCUUCCUUGGGGGAGGACUUCUGUGUGUUGGGCGAUUUCAACUUGCCCAAAACUCAUUGGCCGACUUCUUCCGCGCUUGCUGCUGGUCACCUCUUUGAUGCCGAUGAGGUCGCUGGUGAUCCAGCUCAGUUGCCGGGCACUCGUCGUAAUCCUGACGGUUUCUUGACUGGCACGGUCAUUGACUACAUGUUGCAUUCUCCUGCUCUGACCGUCCGCUCCCGCGUUCAAGUGCAGGCGGUGGCCGACCAUGAUUUGGUCUACUACUCAUUGAAGGUACUUGGGACCGUUGUUGGUUGCGGCAUUCGCAAAAAUUUGGUGACGCCCUUUCCGCUGGCGGCUGUGGGACCUCGUGCCGCUCCGUGUGAGCCGCAUCGCCGCGCUCCGACUUAUCAGAGCUUCUUGGAGCGUCGCCUUCGCCGUUUGGGGCGCAGAGCUGCGGAAUUCACGAAGGAUGGUGACAAUCAACCCCUGUUCAACGCCAUUCGUCGGGAUGUUCAUGCUUUGGCCGCUGACUUUCCUUCCUUGCUGGCUCAACCUUGGGGUCUGGAGCCCGCCGCUCAGCAUACUUUUGCGUUAGCCGACCAACAGGCUGAUCAUGACCGCGCCAUUCGUUUACAGCAUUGGCAAGCCACCACGGGGGAAGACUUCACCCGCCUUUGCCAAUGGGUUCGCGCAACAGUUCCCUCGCACUCCCCCCACCGCCCCGAUGCGGAUGAGUGGACUGCGCCGCUGCACCCUCAAGCUCAAGCCGAGCAUGCUGCCACCACUUGGGGCGACCUGUGGGCUCCCGCGAAUUUGCCGCAGCCGGAGGGUUUUGCUCAAAUGCGGGCGCUUAUUGGCCCUACUGCCGAGUUUCCUCUGCCAUCCAUCACUGGUGCCGCCAUAUUUGCCCGCUUUAAAGCGGCGUGUGAUCGUCUUGCGGACUUGUGGGCCGCUUGUCUUCAGCACGAGGCCAUGCCGCAGAUUUGGAAGCACAUCCGCGUCUGUUUGUUACCAAAACCUGACGGUGGCCUCCGUCCAAUCUCCAUUGCUUCGGCGGCCUACCGCACCUGCAUGACGUGUCUCCUGCGUUCCUGCAGAGCCUGGUUCUUAAGUUGGGCCGAUCGCGAACUGAUCGGAGGCAUUCCGGGGCGCCACACGGGCCAGGCUCAUGAUGCUCUGUUCUCUGCCUUGACG